UCACAAUUAUUGUUACAAUAGUACAACAACGACAACCAGCAUUUCCUGCAGCACCUGAUUCAGCUUCUUCCCACCACGCGCCAUGGCCGGAGAGGCAGAGGAAGACAGCGCCGGCCCUCUGCUCCUCAAGCCCCAGAAAAAGCCAGAUCAGGAGCAUGACAAGAGAACAGGGACGCUCUGGACGGCCGUGGCUCACAUAAUAACCGGAGUCAUCGGAGCCGGCGUUCUGUCCCUGGCAUGGAGCAUUGCUCAGCUCGGCUGGGUCGCAGGCCCCCUCGCCAUGCUGCUCUUUGCGGCGAUCACUCUCGUCCAGUCGUCCCUGCUCGCCGACUGCUACAGAUCGCCGGACCCCGAGCACGGAGACGUCAGGAAUCACCACUACAUGGACGCCGUCCGCCAUUUCUUGGGAGAAAAAAGUUUCUGGAUCUGCGGAUCCAUUCAGCAACUGAGCUUAUUUGGAUCAGCACUAGCCUACACCAUCACUUCUGCCAGCAGCAUGAGGGCCAUCCAGAGAUCUCACUGUGACAACGGAGGAGGAGACAGCUCCUCUAAUUACAUGCUCCUGUUUGGAGUUAUUCAGAUAGUUUUCUCCCAAAUUCCAGACUUCCAUGAAAUGGCAUGGCUCUCUGCUCUCGCGGCCAUCAUGUCCUUCUCCUACUCCACCAUUGCUUUUGGGCUAGGCCUUGCCAAAGUGAUCGGAAAUGGAACCAUUAAAGGAGGCAUCGGAGGUGUCCCCAUGGCUUCCACUUCCCAAAAGGUUUGGCGCAUUUCGCAAGCAUUUGGGGACGUCGCCUAUGCCUAUCCAUACUCGGUCAUUCUCCUCGACAUCGAGGAUACUCUGAAGUCGCCGCCGCCGGAGAAUCAGACGAUGAAGAGAGCAAACGCCAUGUCCAUUUACAUCACCACGUUCUUCUACCUUUGCUGCGGGUGCUUCGGCUAUGCUGCCUUUGGUGAUGAAGCUCCGGGGAACCUCUUGACAGGGUUUGGCCUACAGGAAACACAUUGGCUCAUUGGCUUUGCCAAUGCUUGCAUUGUGAUUCACUUAGUGGGAGGCUAUCAGGUCUACAGCCAGCCCGUGUUCUCCUUCGCUGACGAAUGGGCUGCAGGGAAGUUCCCCAACAGUGCCUUUGUGAACGAGUUCUACAAGCUUCGACUGCCAUCAUUCCUACCAUCCUUCAGGCUGAAUCUGUUCAGAUUGUGUUUCAGGACAGCAUACGUUGCAGCUGCCACAGGGCUCGCCAUGUUCUUCCCUUACUUCAACCAGGUGCUGGGAGUCUUGGGGGCCUCCUUCUUCUGGCCUAUCGCCAUCUACUUCCCUGUGGAGAUGUACUUCGUGCAGAGAAGGAUAACGAGUUGGAGCAGAGACUGGCUGCUGCUUCAGGGUUUCAGCACCUUUUGCUUGCUGCUCAGCAUAUUUGCCUUCGUAGGAUCAGUGGAAGGACUUAUAACUGAAAAACUAAACCUAAAAUCCUAAAUAAGCGAAUUAGGAGGAACACUUAGCUUGAAUGUACAUAAAGAUAUAAUUGUGUAAUCGUAGCCAUACUUUUUGUCUAUUCUUCAAACUCGUGGUACAUAUAACUCGAUGUUUGACAAGUAUAAGAUAGUAAUUAUGAGUUACCUUUGCUUAUGGAA